UAACUACAUCUUAAUUAAUCUCCCAUGGCAAACAAGUCAUGGGUUGUUCUUUCUCUGGUCCUAUGUGUGGCUGUUGUUAGUGCAUCAGACCCAGGUCUGCAACUAAUCUUCGUACUAGGGGACUCAACUGCUGACGUUGGAACCAAUAACUUCUUGCCCACCAGCAUGGCUAGGGCUGACUUUCCUCAUAAUGGCAUUGACUUUCCUUGCUCAAAACCCACUGGAAGGUUCAGCAAUGGCCUCAAUAGUGCUGAUUUUCUUGCUCAGAUGCUUGGUCGCGAGAGAAGUCCGCCGCCUUUUCUUUCUCUCAACGCCAUGUCUCUUCGCAAGAAGAGGUUUAGUGGUGCGAACUUUGCGUCUGGAGGGUCAGGCCUUCUUGACAAAACUGGAAAAACAUCGCUGACUCUGAUGAAGUUUGGAACACCAGUGAAAACUCCGGUUGUUGCCCCAUCCGGUAAUCAAAAAAAUGUUGUGUCAUUAACAGAGCAGAUACAACAAUUUGCCACUGUCAAGAAAAAUCUUACCGCCAUAAAAGGGGGGAGGAGAGUAACUAAUAAGUCUUUGUUCUUCAUCAGCAUCGGCAGCAAUGACCUUCUCGGAUAUUACCACUCAAACAGUUCCAUUCCAAAGGAAGAGUUCUUAUCUUCUUUAAUGCUUGCUUAUGAGAACCACCUGAAGAGCUUAAUCGACCUUGGAGCGAGGAAAUUUGGCAUCAUUAGCGUUGCCCCCAUUGGAUGCUGCCCAUCUCAAAGGAUUCACAACACUACCGGCGGAUGUUUGGAGGGUUUGAACGAGCUUGCAAAAGCUUUCCAUGCAAGGUUGGAUGCUCUAAUGUUGAAGCUCAGCUCCGAAUGCAAGGACAUCAAGUAUGCAAUUGGGAAUGCAUUUGAAAUGACAAUAAAUGUCAUUCAGAAUCCUUUGCCAUUCAAUUUUACGCAGGUGGAAGCUGCAUGUUGCGGAGCUGGGAAGCUCAACGCUCAAUCCUUCUGCAUUCCAAGUGCCAAACUUUGCUCGAAUCGCGACAACUACUUGUUCUGGGAUUUAUUUCAUCCAACACAGGCUGCUUCCAAGUUAGCAGCCGUAACCCUCUACACUGGUGGAGCAGAAUUCGUAACCCCGAUUAAUUUUGCUCAGUUGGCCAAGGCUUAAUAGCAGUGAGUAACCAUUAUGAAGUAAUAAUUGCCUCCGUAGAGAAGACAAUAAUCGAAGUUGACUGUUGAAAUAACAAGUUUGUAAGCAGAUGUUUAAAUUUUAUGCUUCUG